CUUCGUACUUACGUGGGAAAUGUAGUUUUGAGAGUACAAGAAUCACGAUGCUACGGAGACUCAAGGCUUCCUCGGACGCGUACGUCUCCUCGCCUGCUGGGGCCCACAGCAGCUUAUAGUAGUAGUAGUAGUAGUAGUACAUCACGACGCAAUGGAGAAUAAGGUCGUAACUCCUGUAUCGUCGUUUCUAUCGAUUUUGCAGCUCGCAGCCGUCGCCGACCCAGACGUUGGAUGAUGCCCAGACUCCUAGCGAUCAAAACAACAGCGAAGGUCCCAUGUCAUCGCUGCAGAAAUACCGAUCGCAGACGAUGAAGGACUAUGGACUGAUGAUCGAGUACAAACAUCUGCGCCAGCACGUGCCCAGUGGUAUCUACGUCCUGCCAAGCUUCGACCACUCGCGUAUCUGGUACGGGGCCAUCUUCAUUCACGCCGGACUCUAUCGCAAUGGCAUUUUCAAGUUCACCAUCUUCCUACCCGAGAGCUACAAUGGACCGGGCACGUAUCCUCGCAUCGUGUUCAACACCAGCAUCUUCCAUCCAUACGUGUAUGAGGACACGAAGGAGCUAGAUCUGAAGCCGAAAUUCCCUGAAUGGGACCCAGAGCUGCACUACAUGGUUGCAGUACUCACCUACCUCAAGGGCAUUUUCUACAUGAAGGACUUCCCUGACUUGCCUCAAGUUGCGAAUGGCGUCGCGUUGGAUAUGUUCAGACAUGACCCGGAGAAUUAUGUGAACAAAGUGGAGGAGUGUGUCGAUGAGUCGCUUACGAACGUUUACAACAACGAACAGGGCUCAACGAUUCGCUUCACUAAGCACAACCCGGCUCAUGACAAUCUUCGGCAGGAACUCUUUGCACAGUUGGAUGCAACGCCGCCAGCAACACCGCAAACUCUCGAGGAGAAGAUAGCCGCUCCACCUUCGACUCGGUCGUUGUCCAUCGUAACGGCCGCCGCAGCGGAAAGUGCUUCUGGCCAAGCCGCUGCCGCCUCUGCAGCACCCGCAGAUGAACCAAUGCCAGACACGUUUGAAGAGUAAAUACCGGUAGGGAUACGUAAGAUGGAAAUCUAGCCUCAUGUUGAAGCACAAUUUUAUCUUUUGGUAUUGACAAAAAUGUUUUACUG